AUGGCUGACAGCGACAAGGCGCUCCUAAAGGCGGCACACGAUGGCGAUGAGAUCAAGGUGCGGCGCCUCCUUGAUGCCGGUGCAAAUAUUGAGGCGCGAAACGAAGACAGCCAGACGGCGCUGCUGGUGGCAGCUAUGCGGGGUUAUCGAGCGGUCGUCCUCCGGCUCUUGCUCCAAGACGCCAACAUCGAUGCCGCAGACAAUAGCGGAAACACGGCGCUGAUGCUGGCGACAGGAUCGCGACACGCAGACGUGGUGCAGCUCCUGCUGAGAAACGACGCCGCUGUGUCCCCGAUGGACUCGGCCGGCCAUACGGCGCUCCACAUUGCGGCCUGGUUAGGGAAUGUCGAUAUUGUUUCGAUGCUGCUCAAGUCUGGUGCCGACACUCACGCCCAGGCAGCAGGCCUCGAGGGAAAUACACCGGACAUGCUGGCGCAGAGCAGCGGCUAUCCCGAGCUGGCUAGGCUCCUGAUGACGGAGGCUCUAAGAGACCCGGGUGCGGUGGCGAGAAGGGAGGUAAAAGCCCAGAGGGCUGCACGGGAUGCUUCCGAGAAGCAGCACCUCGACACUUUGAGCAAAAUCGGCAAUCUGGUCUCGGACUUACAGCACCGUCACCACUACGGCGAUGCGAAGGAGCUGAGCCGGAUCGUCUCGGCCGGGUUGGGGGCAGCGCUGGGAGAGACGCAUCUUGACGCUCUUGCCAGUACCGAAGUUUUUGCAUCAUUAUUACGAUUACAGAGCAAUGGAGAAGAGGAUUAUAAAGAGGCCAUGAAGCUGUUCACACGGGUAUACGACGGACGAAAAAAAAUUCUAGGAUAUAAUGACCUCUUGACGCUGAAGAGUCUUGGAAAUCUGGCACUCGUCGAGCAGGAUCUGAAAAUGUAUAAGGAGGCAGAAACAAAAUAUCGAGAGGCACUGAAAGGGAUGGAAAACACAUUAGGAAUAGACCACCCAGACGCCUUGACAGUUGCUAACAAUCUGGCCGAGCUGCUGUGCCUCCAGGGCGAGUACGGGGCGGCCGAGACGAUGAGCCGACGGGCACUGGACGGCAGAGAGAAGAUGUUUGGUCGAGACGAUCAGCGCACAAUGGAGAGCGUCAAAAUCUGGAUGCAGGUAAUGUGCGGGAUGUCCAGGUUCGAGGAGGCCGCGGAGGCUGGACAGCGCGUGUUGCAGUGGAGCGAGAGGACGCUCGGGGAGACCCAUCCGGACACGCUCGCCAACAUGGACAACCUGGCGUUGGCGCUCAGCAGCCUGGGGAGGUUGGUGGAUGCUGAACAGCUCUACCUGCGGGUGCUGGAUGUGAGACAGACGGUAUUAGGAACAGACCACCCAGAGACGCUCGCGAGUGCUAGCCGUCUGAAAUCGGUACAGCCGCCCCCCCAAGAGCAUGCAUAUUCGGCUUCCAGUGUCAAAUGGGAACGACGGAUCCGCCGCUACUUUCACAGGCGUCACACGCCUAGCAGAUAG